AUGUCGAAUCCGAAAGUAGUCUAUGAUGGGUGGAUGGUGCGAUAUGGGAGGAGGAAAAUUGGGAGAUCUUUCAUUCAUAUGAGAUAUUUCGUUCUUGAAUCAAGGUUGCUUGCUUAUUACAAGAGGAAGCCUCAGGACAAUGUGGUUCCAAUCAAAACUAUGGUUAUCGAUGGCAACUGUAGAGUGGAGGAUCGAGGAUUAAGAACACAACAUGGCCAUAUGGUAUAUGUUUUGUUAAUCUACAGUAAGAAGGACAAACACAAUCGAAUUACGAUGGCAGCUUUCAACAUCCAGGAAGCACUUAUUUGGAAAGAAAAAAUCGAGUCUGUUAUUGAUCAGCAUCAGGAGUCACUGGUUGCUAAUGGAAAUAAAUAUCAUUCUUUUGAAUAUAAAUCUGGAAUGGAUAGUGGAAGAAAUGCUUCCUCAUCAGAUCAAGAAAGCCAAUAUAGUGCAGCUGAAGAUGAAGAAGAUUCACGUCCAAGUUUGAUGCGAAGAACAACAAUUGGAAAUGGUCCUCCUGAAUCAAUAUUGGAUUGGACUCAAGAAACUUCAACAUUAUCAAGCCAAAAUAACCACAAUCAGGCAUUCUCUAGAAAACACUGGCGUCUCCUUCAAUGCCAAAAUGGACUUCGUAUCUUUGAAGAGCUACUUGAAGUUGAUUUCCUUCCAAAAAGCUGUAGUAGGGCUAUGAAGGCUGUAGGUGUUGUAGAAGCCAGCUGUGAAGAAAUAUUUGAGCUUGUAAUGAGCAUGGAUGGGACCCGCUCUGAGUGGGAUUGUAGUUUCCAAGAUGGAAGCUUGGUUGAAGAGGUGGAUGGACAUACAGCAAUUCUAUAUCACAGACUUCAGCUUGAUUGGUUUCCAACAUUUGUGUGGCCACGUGACCUUUGUUAUGUGCGAUAUUGGCGCCGAAAUGAUGAUGGAAGUUAUGUUGUACUAUUUUGCUCAAGGGAGCAUGAGAACUGUGGGCCCCAACCAGGAUACGUGCGCGCCCAUAUUGAGAGUGGUGGUUUUAAUAUCUCCCCUCUGAAGACUCGAAAUGGAAGGCCAAGAUCACAAGUUCAACAUCUUAUGCAAAUUGAUCUAAAGGGAUGGGGAGUUGGUUAUGUUUCAUCUUUUCAGCAACAUUGUUUGCUACAAAUGUUAAAUAGUGUUGCUGGAUUGAGGGAAUAUUUUGCUCAAUCUGAUGAAAGAACUGCUCCAAGAAUUCCUGUUAUGGUUAAUAUGGCAUCAUGUUCUGCUCCUUCAAAAAAGUCAAACAAGAUUCAGUUGACUUCUGUUCAUAAUCGAAGUCAAUCUCUUGAUAAUGCUGCAAAAAUGAUGGAUGAGUAUUCAGAUGAGGAUGAAGAUCUCCCAAUCCCUGAUGAAGAGGAGACGAAACGGACUGCCUUUGAAGAAGAACCCGUUGUUCAAAUCGACUUUUCUUGCUUUUCGGGUAAUCUUCGAAGAGAUGAUAACGAAAAUGGGCGUGACUGCUGGAGAAUAUCGGAUGGAAGCAACUUUAGAGUCCGUAGCAAACGUUUUUGCUAUGAUAAAUCCAAGAUGCCCGGAGGCAAACCGCUUAUGGAUCUUGUUGCUGUUGAUUGGUUUAAAGACACGAAACGAAUGGAUCAUGUUGCUAGAAGGCCUGGUUGUGCAGCACAAAUUGCGUCUCAAAAAGGACAUUUCUCCAUGGUGUUCAAUUUACAAGUGCCUGGUUCAACAAACUAUAGUAUGGUUUUUUAUUUUGUGAGCAAGGAAUUAACAACGGGAUCUUUGUUGCAACGGUUUGUUGAUGGUGAUGAUGAGUUUCGUAAUAGUAGGAUGAAACUCAUUCCAUCGGUUCCCAAGGGGUCGUGGAUAGUACGACAAAGUGUUGGAAGCACCCCGUGUCUUUUAGGAAAAGCGGUUGACUGCAACUACAUCCGUGGGGCCAAUUACUUAGAAGUUGAUGUUGACAUUGGUUCCUCUACCGUGGCUAAUGGCGUAUUGGGUCUUGUAGUCGGUGUUAUCACUAGCCUUGUGGUCGACAUGGCUUUCCUUGUACAGGCAAACACAACAGAUGAGUUGCCAGAGCGGCUUAUAGGUGCUGUUAGGGUUUCUCAUCUAGAGCUAUCGUCUGCUAUUGUUCCAAAAUUAGAACCAGAUCCAAAACCUUCUUAAAAAUCAAAGUACAAAAAUAUGAUAAAAUCUAGCAACAAUUUACAAAGGGGGACAAAAUUACAAAAAAGAAAAAAAAAACUAGUUACUUUGAAGUUAAGAAUGUCAAAAAGCUGGAUUAUGACGAAAAUCGAUUUUCAAUACUUUGAAGAGAAACUUGUUUGUGGUGGGAAUUUUCGAAUAUGAUUCAAAAGGGGAAAAACAUGGAACACCCCCUAAAAUCUUUUUAGGUUUUGAUACAUUUUCUUCUAUAUAAGAAAAAGAAUAAGGGAACAUGAAAUUUGUAUUAAUUUAUACGUACAUAGUUGUGGAAGGGUUGGAAAAUUAGUAGAUGAAAAGCUUUUGUUCAUGUUUUGGGUAUACUUUUUGUUUUGUACUAUU